AUGCGGGUAAUCUGCUGCGCGGGUAAAUGGACGGAAAUUACGGGUUACAAUCAUCACUGCAAGUUCAUUGCUACACAAGGUCCUGUUGCUAGCACAUUUGGAGACUUCUGGCGAACAGUCUGGGACCAAGGCGUUUGUAUCAUUGUCAUGGUUACAAACAUGGUGGAAGGAGGACGGAUCAAGUGUCUGAAGUAUUGGCCGAGCGCCAGUCCAGAAGUGUACGGUCCUGUCCUGGUUUCUCCGGGUGAUGAAGAAGAACUUGCUGACUAUGUGAUUAGAAAGUUUUCUGUUCAGAUGACCUCAGACACAGCCGAGUAUCGCGCCCGUGAGGUGAUACAGUAUCACUUCACAGCUUGGCCUGAUCAGGGGGUCCCAGCCCACGCAACCUCCUUGCUUGCUUUCCUGAAGAAGGUCCGUGCCUCUGUGCCAGAGGAUUCUGGGCCCAUUUUGACCCACUGCAGUGCUGGUGUAGGACGCACCGGGACAUACAUUGUACUUGACGCCAUGUUGGACCAAAUAGAUGCUGAGGGGGUGGUAGACAUCUAUGGUUUUGUCUGUCAUAUCCGUCAACAGAGAAGCGCCAUGGUGCAGACAGAGGCCCAGUACGUAUUUAUCCAUGACGCUCUGGUGGAGUAUGUCACAUGUGGCAGUACAGAAUUUGCUGUGCGUGACCUACCAGAGAACUUGCGUGUUCUUAACACCAUUGAUCCAGACAGUGGAGAUUCGCUUCUGGUGGUGGAAUUCAAGAACCUUGGCCUGGGUGACUCAGAUUACGAUUCAUUCAUCAGCGCCUCUCAGCCUGAAAAUAAAUCCAAGAACAGAUUUGCCAUACUCCCAUUUGAUCGAUCAAGAGUAAAACUGUGGCCUUUCACGGGUAUGGUGGGGUCUGAUUACAUAAACGCAAGUUUUGUAGACAGUUUCCAGCAGCGCGAGGCAUUCAUUGCCACCCAGGCCCCGUUGGAUACCACGGUCGUUGAUUUCUGGCGAAUGAUCUGUGAAUAUGAAGCUAAUUGCAUUGUGAUGUUAUGCACACAGAGCGAGAGAGAAGAGGGAAUCUGUGCAUCUUAUUCGCCUCACAAAGAGGAGUUCAUCGUCUAUGGUUUGUUGAUGAUCGAGAUUGAAGCGGAAGAUCUGAGAAAUGGUUUCUGUAGAAGAACUGAAAAUUACGAACACAAAGGUGAAAAAAUAAACAGUGUUUUUUGCGCUCGUUACGAAUGA